AUGCCCACGGGGAAGGUCAAGAAGUUCUUCGAGGACAAGGGCUUUGGCUUCAUCACUCCUGACGACGGUGGCGAGGACGUGUUCCUGCAUCGCAAAGUGCACGGGGAUGGCCAAGACCGCACCGCGUAUAUAGAAGAGGGCGCCUCCGUCACGUACGAGGUGGAGUGGGACGACCGCAAGGGCAAGUACUCAGCCUCGUCUUGCGAGGGCCCCUGGAAGACAGGCGGUGGAGGUGGAGGCGGCGGUUGGGGCGGCGGCGGUGGUGGCUGGGGUGGCGGCGGUGGUGGUUGGGGCGGUGGCGGUGGUGGCGGCGGCUGGGGCGGCGGGAAAGGCGGUGGGAAAGGCUAUAACGCCUGGUGA